AUGCCGGAGUCUGUCGUCGGCGUCGGCGGCCGCGGGUACACCUGCGCAACCUGCGAUAUCGAAGGCGCAAGCUAUAAGUGUCCUUACUGUGAAAAGUCGUUUGCUAGACGCGACGUCUGCCGCAAGCAUACUAUUCACUGCCCGAACAAGAAAGACCAUGAAGCCAUCCCCAUCCUCAAGCGCGGCCAAAAGCCACGAGCGUGCGAUGCUUGCUUCCACAGCAAACAAUCAUGCGACACAUCCGAUCCAUGCGAGCGCUGCGUCUCUCGCAAGCUAGCAUGUACCUACCACAGGCUCGAAGACGCGCCGUCCGUUGCGACGGAUUCCUCGGCUUCGUCAACAGCCGUCGGUACUCCCACCAACAACAACGACAAGGACCGCACAAAGAUCACAGUCGCCUUCCUCCUCGGCCUCACCAACCCAAACUCGGAAAACAUUCUCGAGUUCCUCGCCAGCGAGGCAGCCGCCAGGACUGAAGGCGACGGGCUUGAUUCGAGUAUGAGACCGGUGGUGCCUGCCCCGUUCCCUCCGAACUUGUCCAUCGACCAGGACUUUGCCGCCUUCCUACCGUACCCUUUCGCAACCGGUUUCGUCCCCGAGUCAAUUGACUACCUUUAUGCCAUGUCCGGGCUCGCGGAAACGUCCGGACUGACAGCGUCGCUAAUACAUACACCAACUUCAUCGUACGACCCGGCAAUCUUCGAGUCGCGGGCAGCCAUGAUCGUCUCUGAACUUGAAGAGCUCCACCAUGCAUUGAAGAUCUGCGACCCGUGGUAUGACGGGGCUUUUGACCCCGUUGCUGCGACUUCCGUCUUCUCGGCGGAGAAUCUCUGCAUGUUUGCUGCCACGUACUUCCGCGUGAGCCACAUCGACUUUCCCAUCCUGCACCGGCCAGACUUUGGCACAAACCGGACAACGAAAGAGCUCCUAAUCGCUGUUGCUGUCUCUGGCGCCUUGAGAUCACCGCCCAGCGAUGAUGCUCUAGCUGCCCGGGCCUACCUGAGUCUCAUCGAGGAGUACAUCUUCAGAAGGCUCCAUAGGAUGAUCCCGAACGGCGUGACGCCUGAGUGGACCCCUGAGCUGGAGGCGAGCCUUCAAGCAGCGGUCAUGAUUCAUAGUGUGCAGUUCUUCCGAAACGACAUGGCAACGCGGCGAAAGAACCGCACGCAAAGACUUCCGGUGUUGGUCCAGGCCGUGCGUUGUCUUGGGCUGGCUCAGACGAGGCAUGCACCGCUAUUUCAGUACGAUGAAUUUGUGCGGAACGAGUCUCGCAUUAGGCUGGCAACUUGGAUGGCUUUAGCAGACUGGCAACAAACCGGCAUGUUCAACGUUCCGUCUAUGAUCUCCACCUCAGAGAUAACGUGCGAUCUCCCCUGUCCGCUGGAACUAUGGGAUGCCAGCAAUGCAGAGGAGUAUUAUGAAAUUGCCAAUACCAAGGGGUUCAAUCCUGCGAGGAGGAUAGUAUCACUUAAGCACUGCAUGGAUGCGUUGAUGAGCGAUACUUGGAACGGUAUGGGGAGCUUCCCCUUUCAAGACAUUAAUGCGACGGACCUACAAAUCCUCAUCUUUGGUAUCAAUGGCAUGGUGCUCACUGCAAACUUGAUGGGCGUCCUGGGCCCCAGCACUCGGAAUCUCUCUCGCGCCAUCUCACGUUGGGAGGCAAUGUGGGAGACCAUACAAAGCCGCAUGGAUCCCACUGUAUUCGAAAAGAGUGGAAUGGUCAGAUACAACACUGAGCUCUGCUGGGCAGCGAAGCAGAUCAUCAAAGUCGCCAUCUCUGGGGAUCGGAGUUCGGCGUACAUGCAAAAAGUUGGCCACGAGUCUCUCGUGGAAUUGCAUGAGUUUGUGCGUCAGUAUAGGGACAUAUAA